AUGCGGAUGUGUGGGCCCGUGUUUGUGCAGAGCUCACAGUGCCUGGAGCUGAGGCGGAUGGGCUCAUGUCCGCCUUGCUCCGCUGCUCUUUUGUCUCUCCUAUGAUACUUUCCAUGACUCUUGUUUUCAAUAUUUCCGAUUUGAUAUGGAUUAUUUACUUUUUGACUGAGUUGAAGUGUUUUUCUAAAAUGCGCGACUUGGAUUUUCAUCAUUCUUCAAGCUCUAUCACUCUCUUCAUUCUGAAAUGAUUUUUAAACUUCAUCUGCUGAAUCAACUUUUUUCGGGAAUAUGUUUAAAGACCUCAAAUUCCGGAAAUUACUCAAAAAAUUAAAACGCUUUCAAAACUAAGGAACAUUUAUUGCUUUGAUUUGGUUUUACCGUUUUUACUACUGAAAGUAAAAAACUUUUUUUUUUGCGAAUUUUACUUUACACUUGUUUUCAAAGUCCGUCUCCUCUUUACCCAUUUCUCUUUUUUUCAAUUGUUCGUAGAAAUAAACACUUUUCCGUGAUCUUAGAUCUUUCAAAAUAACUUUUUAACUGUUUUUUCCGAAAGUUUGAGAAACCGUUUUAAAAAAAUUUAUAGCAUACAAAACACCAGCAAGUACAUUGCAUAGCAGCGUUUUUAUAUAACUAAUGUCUAAUUAAACUUCGGAAAUUUCAAUUUAAAAAAACCAUUGUCGUUUUUCCUAAUUUUUAAAAAAACUAACUAGCUGAAACUUUCCUUUCCCUUCAGAAUUCGAUUUCACUUCUAAACGAAGAUUUCUACUUAAGUAAUUCCUCCAGUGAACUUUAACAUCUAAAAGAUUUUAGUUAAUUUUCUUCUGCAAAAACUCAAGAGAUUCUUCAAAAAACAUAAAUUUUCUGUUUGAUGAUUUUGUCAUGCGACUCUAAGGUUUUUUUCUCCAUCAAGCGCAAGUUAUAAACUUUCUCUCAACAGCAACUAAUCUGUAAAAAAGCGAUCGAGUUGAUAAAAGCGACCCGCGUGCUGUUUGCCCUUGUGUAGUACAUAAUGAAAGAGAUUCUCUCUUCGAUCGAAACGCUCUUUCGGCCAAAUGUUCCGACGGGCCCACUCGAAGUUUUGACUCGGAGCCACAUUUUCUCUUCGAUAAACCAAAUGCGACGGUAGCAACGACUUCGAUGCGAAUCAACGUUCCCAGCUACGACCCUCAUAUUCUUCUGAAUCCCGAAAAAUGUGAACUUUCCUCGACGAAACUUGACUAUAUUCCUCAACUGAAGGCGCUUCUCUGGAGGUCUCAAAAAGAACAAGACCAUUUGAGAUAUUUCUUCUAUGAUUCCAACUCUGAACCGCGAACUGAAGAAAACCUCCAGGAGACUGUCUAUUACUACGACUUCAAACCUGUAUUCUACAAGAAGAAACUUCUCUCUGAAGAAGACAGGACUAUAGAAGAUCUACAGAAGAUCAUCUACAACUCCAAACUUGAAGAACUUCGAGAAUCUGACUCUUCUGAUGAGGAUUCUUUCGCCAAGACUCAAGAAGACCUUCAGACCGUCUACUAUUUUGACCUGGAGCCAAACUCGAACGUCUCCAACGAGAAGCCUUGCUCCGCCAACAAGCAAAGCCGAGAAGCCAAGACAACAGGCCACUUCACGCGGUUGACUUUCGGCCCCACCGCCGCGCCGCCUUUGACACCUCAGUUCGAUGCGACGAGGAUGACGACUCUGACGGUGGCGGCGACGGCGUCGACGUGGCUUCUGGAGGCGCUGCUCCCGAGUCCCGUCGAACUUUUCCAAGAAGACCCAGUUCUUGUCCUCGCCUUGCAGGUAGAGUUCAAAAAAAAGAACUAUGAUGUAAUUUUUUUGACCUUUGACUUAUAGAGUUUUAAACUUUCAGAAAAAAUAUGUUUCGAGUUUGAAGUAAUCUUUGAUUUUUUUGUCCUUCUAGCUGUACUCUUAUCAGAGAAAGCUUCCGUUUCGAAAAUUCAAGAAAAAAAUCGAAUUCGGUUUUUUUUUAUAAGCUUCCCAAAGAACUCAAGUUCUUUUUUCAAGAUUACGUCACGAGAAAGCUUUCAAGCUGAAGUUGAUGGACCAAAAAUGAUCAAAAAAAAGAAAGAUUUACAACAUGAAUGUUAAAAAAUCUACUUGAAACUUGCUUGGUAAAGAUUUGCACUUUUGAUAAAUGAGAAAAAUUUUUUUUUGUUAUUUCUCAUUCUUUUCAUUUUCCUGACUUUCUCUGAAUGUUUAUCGCCUGCGGUCAAUCAGUUUUUGCCAGCUUUUUCUGUUCUCAGUUUCUCAAAUUUGAGAAGAAUGGAGUCAAAUGAUCCUCAUCAUGGCCAGAUACAAUCUUAUCCUUCUCGAAAAUUUUUUCUUAUUGGAUUCUUUGAACUGAUCUCGAACAGUGUGGGUGUCCUUCUUAAUUACGAAACAAAAAAAAAAUCGACGCUUUUUUUCUCAGUAGGAUUUCCCACAAACCUCGCCAAUGUUUGUCUUUUCUUGUCCGCCUCUUACAAAUCUCGGUGCCCUUCAAAUUUUUCUCCAACGUUCUUUUUCUACGCAAGUGUUUUGCGUUAUCUGAAAAUAUUCCAUCGAUUGAGAGAUAAUGAAACUCUUAUUGAAUAGGAAGAGUAGAUGGAAGAUGAUUCUUGAAAAGGGUCAAAAUUAUUUUUUUAUAAUCAAAAAAACGACAGCUUGGGCUUUUUUUAAAAAUGAAAAAAAGAAAACCACAUAAAAAGAAUGUAGUUGGACCACGCUCUUUACCUUCUUUUCUAUAGCCGUUUUGAUUUUUUUAAAGCUUUGUUAGCAUUGUUAAUUUUCAAUAAUCAACACCAAUGUUGCUUCAUAUUUUUUUCUGUUGUCUGUGGACUUUUUUUUGUGAAGGACUCUUUUUUUUUGAAAAUUGAGAUGCGAAAAUGGGUUAUUUUUAAACUGAGUAUAAAAAAAUAUUCAAAUAAUCAAAUCAAUUUUUUUCCUGAAUCUAUCUCGUGAAUUUUUAGCACUUGUGUAAUAGAAAUAAAAAAUUUUUUUUUUGAUUCGAAACUUUUUUAGAGCUGCCUGACCUGCCUGUUGUUUCUUUUCUUUUUAGCCUAACUAUCCUAUUUUUUUCAUUUUCCGUAACUAUGGAAAACAAGGCGCGAAGAGAUCAGACUGUUCGAAUGGUGAAAAAAAACCCCCUAAAAAUUCCAAAAGUAAAAAACAUUUUGUUCAUGAAAUUAUUCACUCUAAAAAGAAAACCCAAACACCAAUUUCCGCAACUCAAUACCUUACUGUAUGUGGAAUGUCUGUGUCUGUCCGUCGACGUGUUCUGUCCUUGUUGCAGGUCUCGUGGAUGGUGUGCAUGUGUUGUCGUACGUGCUGCAAAUGCUGCAAAUGUGCGAAAGGCAAGAGACGAGACGAAGAGGAGGCCGACUCGGACGAGUACACCGUGCCUGGAGCCAUCCACAUACCUGUGCCGGUUUACCGGAAAGGUGGCGGCGGCAGGCGCGGCGGCCGUUCCGCGUCGGCGCCGCAGGUCCACUCAAUGCCAGUGUUUCCGUCCCUGGUCGCGUCCUCGUCGAUUCUGAAGUCUUCGUCGUCGUCGCACCGGCACUCGAUGUGGGAGCGGUCGUUGGACGUCGCGACUGACGUCAGGCCUCUGGCCACGCCGCCAGUCUCGUUCGCCGACGAGCCGCUCCCUUGGAUCGACUCCGGCGGCGACAAUCCCACUUGUUGCAGGGAAAAGCGCAAGCCUGGCUUCCGGCCUCUCCGUGGAUCCUCGCUUCCACCGUGAGUUCUGAAAAAAUACAGAGAGUUUUCAAAAUUUAUGUUCAAAUGAUUGGUUAACCAGUAAUUUUUUAGAAGAAAAUCUGUCAAUAGCCCAAAACGACUAUAAACUUGAAAGUUGAGUUUAGUACGACUGAAAUUCAAAAAGAAUUCAUGGCUCCAACUGUAAUCUCCGAUAGGGAUAUGAAAUCAGAAAAAAUGCUUGAAAAUUAUCAAUCGAAUCGAAUCAAAACUGAAUAUUUCUUUAGUUUCAGUGAGAUAGCUGGAGGCAGCCCUUGGACGGGGACAUCGAGAUCGACUGAGCCUGUGCCUAGCGACUCGAGCCGACGUCUUCGAAAACGCAAAAUGGAGAAGCGAAGCGGUCAAAGCAGUGGCGGCGGAUUUUUUCAGGUUUGUUUCUUCGAUUUUUGAAACAUUUCCUUCACGAAAAAAAAAACAUCUUUUGCAUGUCUAUUUCCAUUUCCAUUUCUUCUUUUCUGCUCUUCAUCUAAUUUCUAACUUUCUUGGUUUCGCUUCAAACUCAUCUUUUUUGAUUUUUUCCUGUCUUUUAAAAAAAAAACUUUUCAACUAUUUUUGAGACUUUAAUAAUAUAUGCUUCUCACUUUCAUUGGAAAAAUAGUUUGUGAAAAGAAGAGAUGAAAAUCUCUAAAGAUCACUUUUUCAAAGGUGAGUCGAGCUAUAACUGACUAGUACCUAUCCUUUAAAAAAUUUUUUAAGUUUGAAACGCAAAAAUAAAUCUCAUGAUGCAAACCAGCACUCAGAGUCAUCCGGUUAAAGUGUAAAAAGCUUCUUUUGUUUGUGCUUGUACUUGUUUCCACGGCCUCUUGACAUUCUCCUGGAGUUUUCCUGUCAUCUCGGAGAUUCACAAAAAAGGAUAGUUGGAUCAAGAAGAUUCGAAAACAUUUGCAGCGUUGGUUUGGUGGCUACAACAGCGGCAACAACCUGAAUCAGUCUGACGUCGAGGUGAUCGACGCGAGAAGCGAACGAACAAAACGCGAGGAACGAGAAAGAAGAGGAGAAGUGAGGCAUUCUACCGUACUCUACAGUAAUCUGAGGAGAUUUCCAGGCACGAACACAUUCACACGAGGGAUAUCGAACCGCAAGAACUGACGAAAACGACUAUGCAACUAUCGAGCGUGUACGCGGAACUAACCGCGAAAGUAAGUCAUAGCUUUUUUUCAGUUAUCUAUUUUUAUUCGAUCUCAACUCUGCCUUGUAUUGAUUGGUUCUGAUGAUUAUUAGAAAAUGACUGGCGAGAAUCGAAUGUUGUAAAUUGCCUUGGUUUGAGAGGAAAAAAAAUUUUCGAAAACUUUUUUAGAAAAGUGAGAAUCAUAAGAUUAAAACGUGAUCCUAUAGGUUGAAUAGUUUCUGAAAAAAUUAAACUGAGAAUAAUUGAACCGAAAAAUUCAACAGGUCAGGGAAUUCCAACCGCAAAGUAAAAUGACCUGACUUGUAAGCCUUUUAAAAACUUCAAGCGAAAAAAUUUUAGAACAGCAAUUAUACCAAAGUUUUAAAAUAACUCAUACAUCUGAGCGAGAUCAAUCAUCUGACCACUUCAGUAGAUGAACGACAAAAAACGAAUUUAUUUCAGCAUCGAUGCCAGCGUCGCCACGGAAACGUCCAUUUUGUUGACGAGUUCGGAUACGGUAAAAGCGUGCCGGUGGAGUCGGCCUUCGCAGAACGAGCCCAUCUACAGUACCGACCAAGAGGUUUUUCCUACCGUCCCAAUGUCAUCGAAAUGACCUUUUUCCAGCUCCCCAACAACAGCAUCGAGGACCCGUUUCGCGUGGCGCGCCGACGUCUUCCAUGAAUCAACUCGACGAGGCGACCUUGGACCUUCUGCGGCUCUCCACCGAGCCCACGCAGUCCAACACGAUGUCGCCGGUCGCCACCCGAAGGUUGGAAAUGCAAAAAAAUUAAAAAAACCUACAGCGGUAUAGUGUGUGUGCCACGAGUUGAAAUUUCACGGAACGACAUUCCGCUGUUCCGCUGCGUGCGUUCGCGAGGCGUCCUUUCGAAUCUAGGUCACGCUUCCAAUUGAUUGUUAUUGAUGUGGGAGCACAUGAAAGUAGAGUACCUCAAUAAAAGAAAAAAAAAAAUUAAAAGCGAGACCGAGGUUCGCAAAGGCGCGCAGCGACACAGCGGAAUGUCGUUCCGCGAAAUUUCAAAUCGUGGCACACAGGCUAUAACACUACUGAAAACAUGAUUGGUUUAUCACUGAAAACUUUCGACUGCACUUGUUUUUUACCCCCUAUAGCUCAAAAUCUCAGGGUGCCACCGCCCGACGUUUCUGGAAAGCUUCCGAAAGCAGCCUCGACCAGCUCCGUUAACAGAGUCGUUAAGACCAAGGUGACAAUUCUUCAUAUAUUUCUUUGAACAAAUCGAUUUACAGGACGGAGGACAACUGAGGCUGGCGAACGUGUUCACCUGGGACCAGGAGGCCAACGAUGAACGAAAAUCCCGCUCAACGCGGCUUUCUCCACAGGCCGAGCAGCGAAAUGAGGAGAGAUGUGAGUUUCAUUUUAUUUCAAUUCCAUCUAUUGGAUAUUGUCAGCUUUGAAAAUCCACCACAUCAAGCGGAAAGAGCAAGAAAUCGAAUACGAAGAGCACCGGCAGAAGCCGCCUGUGGUCAGUUAUUUGAGCUUAUUCUUAUUCACGGCUUCAUUUUCGGGUUAAAAACUUUUCUUCUUAUGUGUUUCUGUAGUUAUUUCUCCAAAAGAAAACGGAUGGGAGCUGAAAAAAAGCUUCAAAAGAAAGAUAUAAAUUAACAAAAUAAACUUGGAACAUUUUUAAUUCAACAAACUUCUAAUUAACUGAUUUACUCAAAUAAGAAGAUCUUCUUGGUAAAACUUUUUCAACUAAAAACUAAACUUGGAGCUUGGAGCUAGAAAAAAAGAAGCUAAAAAAAGAAAUUUUUUUCAGCCUUAGGAGUGCACCAAUAAAAAUAAAAUGUUAGAAAAAUUUUAAAAAUUUUUUUCUUCCUCGUUCAACUCUAAAAACCCUGACCCAGAUAUACUUUCAGGUGCGUACGACUGUGGAAGGAAAACUGAAGAUGGAGAAAAUUGUUGGCGCCGAUUUGAUCACAGUAGACAGCUGUGUUUCAAGCGCUUGGACUGUACGCGACACAGUAACCAACUAUAAAGUUUGAAUUUCAGACAAAUUCUUUCUAAUAUACUGAAUAUUCAGAUCAAAACGACGAUCGGCAAGAAAAGCAUCAUUUUGGAGGAGAUGAAGGAGGGACAGUCCAAAUACAAAAUCACACUUAUCGAAAAUGGAGAAACGAAAAUGGAGCGUGAGGCGAGCCUGGAUGUUCCAGAUUUCAUGGUCAGUUCAUUUUUUUCCCCUGAGUUCUCAAUAUUUGCAUGCUUGUGUUUGGGGGGAAAUACUUUCAGAAAAAAGGCUGCUAAAGCUGAGUUUAUAAUAAAAUUAUUCGAAUUUUCAGAACAAAAAGGACUAUCUGGCAGAAGUGAGCCAGCGGCUGCUUCAGGACCUCAAGGAAGAUGGCGAACUCGUGACGGCAGUGACUCACGUCGAAGUAGAAGUCGUCGAAGACGUCACCAACAUCCUGAAGACGUACGUCAUCGGUGAAAGAGCUGACGACUACCUUGCCGAGGAGCAACUUCGCCUACACUACGAGCAAACCGCCGAUAAGACGCCGCCAGAGCUCGCCAUCCAGAAGGUCGAACGAAUUUAUGUUGACGAAUUCCAACGAGAAGACUCUUCAUUGGAUCCAGAAAAGGCCGAAAUAAGACUGACCCAAGACGGCAUGCACUAUCAAGGAGAAACGGCUUUGAGUCGUGUAAAACGUUAUGAAACCGAAGAAUCCAUGGAUAGGACCGUGGUGAGGAUGGAGCCUCGCUGUGCCCACGCCUUUGCCGAUUGCGACUUGACGCGAAAAGAAGACAGCUCCACCUACACUGUCAAGAUUUCUGUGCCUCUAGUACACGUCAUCUCUUUGCUCUUGAAGCAAACCAAGCUCCGUAGACAGCAAAAAGCUCAGGCUUACGAGUUGGAGCAAGAAGGAAAACGGUUUGAGCAGGAGACGACUCUCCAAAGGACCAAACGCUACGAGACAACUGAUUCUGUCGAGGAGCACCACGCGCAUGCCGUAGAAAUCAUCGAGCAGCCAUUUGAACGCAUCCAAGAACAGCAGAUCACGAAAUCGAGCAUGAGAUUCGAGGAACAUGAAGCUCGUGGCGGGCAGUAUGAGAUGGAACAAGAAGGACAGAGGCUCAAAGGCGAAACCGUUUUCAAACGUCGUGGUAGAGCCAUUGAUUCUGAAUCCUCUGAAGAGCUACCUCCGCCUGAAAGAGAAGCUACUGGUGGCCAAUACGAAAUGGAAAUCGAAGGCGUCAGUCUACGAGGCGAAACAAAGUUCAGAAAAUCAGGAAAACGAUACGAAUCUGAAUCAGAGGAGUCGCAGAUGUCCUGGCAAACUGGAUCGCCGACGCUGGUUGAACUUGUCAAGAAAGAAUCCAACUCCCUCUUUGAAGCCACCUUUGAGACAGUUAACAGUCAUACACCAGUUGGCUUUGACAUCAAACGAGCUGUGAUGAAGAAGGAGUCCUGCUCCGUUGGCUGCUCUAUCAUGAAACCAGCGUCCGACGCAGAAGGAAUCAGUAAAGUUCUUCCCGAGGGCAACAGGUGGAAAGAAAACUACAGUGGGCGCGAGCUCAGCGAAACUUAUGCCGAUCUCACAAUCGGCCUACAAAAUCAACGCCUCCAAGGCCGAAAUGAGCAGUCCACCGAAAAUAACAUGGCUGGAAAGGCGUCUGAAAAGACCUCUGGUCGUUUCCGAGAGAUGAAGGAGGAGCAGGCGAUGAUGCUGUGCGGCUUCGAAAACUCCCAACCUUCAAGAGCAGAAGCUGACGUCACGCGCAAGGAAAAGACUACCGCCACAACAUCUUUCGAAGCCAUGGCCGCUGAAACAGAGCAUGUCACCGUUGCAACGACCAUCUUCCACUCUGGCGACGCUCUUGGCAUCGAAGGCUCUUCUAAGACGGCCAAUGUUUCUCAGACUCAAGCCUCCUUCAAGGAACUGUCAGAGGAACACGCAACGAACGUCAUUUUCCUCCAGAAGAUAGGAGGUCCAUCUCAAGAGUAUGCCGAAGGACGUGCGAAAGACAAGGAAACACGCAGCUUCUCACUAAGGACAAAGGCGGCUUCUGAAGCUACUGCCAACUUGAUCUCGACCAUUGCUCGUUCUUCUUCCUACCCCAACGAAAUGUCCUUGGCUAAGACUUUCUCCGCUGCCAACAAACAUCAAGUCGAACUGCGAUCCUGGGCUUCCGAAUCUCACAUCGCCAAUUCCACGAUGAUGUUGAACCGCAGCUCAAAGCAAGAAUCUGCGUCAAAACUUCUGAAACACAGUCAUCGUCAAGCAUCCGAAGCAUUCAUAGCCGAGUACGGAAACGUGGCUGAGAACUGCGCCGUGCUUCUAAAGAACACUGGUGGCGUGCACGACGGAGCGACGUCUACCCUCGCCGAGGCUGUCACAGGUGGGUCUUACAGUAUUUCUUCUCCUCACGUAGCGCCUUCUGCCACCACCAAAAGCCACCAAGAACUAGACGCACGCUUGUUCACUUGCACGGCCAACAAGCGUUUUAACCUCACCAAUUAUCGCACUUUAAUACCGCCUAGUGGCAACGCGCGAAUCACCUUCGGGUGCCCUCAAACAGGUAGUGCCGCCUCCUUCCAUCUCUCGAACCUUUCUGAGCAUUCCGCUUACAACGAUGAGUCGUUCAAUCAAGAUCUCCGAGUGCGACGAAAAGACGCCAAGAGCGAAAUCACCAUCUACAUCCUGUACAAGAAAGUGUACGGCAACUUCGCCCAAGCGACGCUCGGGCUCGCAAUGUCGCAGUCCAGACGCAGCGAAGCCUACGAGUACAGCCGGAAGGAAGAAUAUCGCUACGAAGAAGACUGGAUUUCACGAAGAACAAUGCUGGAGCAAGGUGAGUAUUUCUUCUUUAACCGCAUGGGAAACAAGUAUCGCUGACUUCCCUUAACCCAUGACUAAAAGAGCGUACCUUAAAAGGGAGAAGAAACAGACCCAGACCACUUCUAUCUGACUAACUUCUUUACAGAAUGCUACAGCAACGUAUACAUUGAAUUAGGUGACGAAAUGGAGAUAAUGUGUGCGAUAGGACAAUCGGUUAUGGUGGUCGGAUGA